GCCGCGAGCUGGGAGCGCGGAGCGGUGAGCCGCGAGCUCAGCGCGCCGGGCUGGGGCCGGGGACCGAACGGAGCGGAGCGGAGAGGCAGCGCGGCCGCCCCAGCCCCGAGUCCCGCCGCCUUCCCGCCCGCUGCAGCGCGGGCCAGCGGCCGCCGCCCAGCUAUGGAGCCGGACAACAGCCCCCGGAAGAUCCAGUUCACGGUCCCGCUGCUGGAGCCGCACCUUGACCCGGAGGCGGCGGAGCAGAUUCGGAGGCGUCGCCCCACCCCUGCCACCCUCGUGCUGACCAGUGACCAGUCAUCCCCAGAGAUAGAUGAAGACCGGAUCCCCAACCCCCUACUCAAGUCCACUUUGGCCAUGUCUCCACGGCAACGGAAGAAGGUGACGAGGACCACUCCCACAAUGAAAGAGCUCCAGAUGAUGGUUGAACAUCACCUGGGGCAACAGCAGCAGGAAGAAGAGCCUGAGGGAGCCGCUGAGAGCACAGGGACCCAGGAGACCUGCCCAUCUGGGAUCACAGACACAGAAGCAGAGUCCAGGCUGGGCGCCUCUGAGAAAGCACAAAAGCCUGCAGAAUCCACCCCAAAAACUCAGAAGAGGGACAGCAAGAAACCCAGCACAGAGGAACCUUCAACCCAUAUACCACCAUUGGAUUCCCAGGGAGCCAACUCGGUCUGAGAGUGAAGGGGAUGUCCCGGAUUCAAGACUGCAGUUGGGAGUGUGUGGACACUGGAUUUGUUUCUUAUUUCUCCACUUUUGGGGGGAAAUCUCUUGUUUUUAAAAAGUCAUAAAUUUGGUGUUAGGUC